AUGGGAAAUGUCAUCAGCUGCUUCAAGACUAACAAGCCGAGUGCGACCAAGCCCCCAACACGUGAAGGAGCUGAUCGAUGUUCGAAUCUCCAUGUAACAGACGAGAACCCAGCACAUCAACCGUCCAGCGACAGCGAUACGGCUGCAGCUAUUAAGAUCGAAGAAGCCGAUGAUGCCGCCUGUAGCACUGAUCUUUCAGUCGAUCCAACAGCUUCGCUGGAGUCUGACGCGGGAACUGCGCACAAUGGGAUCGAAAGCGUCUAA